GUAUUUUGCCCAGGCCUUACCCUUCUCUAGCAAAAUCAGUGAGACUGAUAAACUCUUCGUCUCUUGUGCUUAUCCUCAAAGGUUUCGUUUACCAAAUUCUCCUAAUUAAAUCCUCAAAAAUCUCCGAAAGUUUAACUCUUUACACUUUAGAGUUCAUCAGAACCUCGUCCCGAUUGAUGGCGGUGUUUUGUGCGUCGCCUUCUACAGUUACAUCUCUUCUCUACCCAAAAGCUUAUAAAUUGGGUCAAGCUAAAUCGAAUUCGAAGAGAUCCUUAUGCUCUCUGCGUGCUUCGUUGCCUGUUUCUGAUAACAAUCUUAAGUUUGAAUACACACCAUGGCUUAUCGUUGGGCUUGGUAAUCCUGGAUUAAAGUAUUACGGAACAAGGCAUAAUAUUGGUUUUGAGAUGAUUGAUCAUAUAGCUCUGGCUACAGACAUUUCCAUGAACACUAUACAGUCCAAGGCUUUAGUUGGGAUAGGUUCUGUUGGAGAAGUUCCGAUUUUGUUGGUUAAACCUCAAGCAUACAUGAAUUUUAGUGGUGAAUCGGUUGGACCUUUAGCGGCCUAUUAUCAAAUACCCUUACGCCACAUCCUGAUGAUAUAUGAUGACAUGGGUUUGCCUAAUGGUGUCUUGAGGUUUCAACCAAAAGGAGGUCAAAGCCAACACAACGGAUUGAAGAAUGUGACAGAACAUUUAAAUGGUUGUCGAGGCUAUCCCCGCUUAUCAAUCGGAAUUGGAAAUCCACCAGGUAACAUGGACAUGAAAGCGUUUCUUCUACAGAAGUUCAGCCCUUUGGAGCGUGAACAGAUCGAUGAUGGACUGGAACAAGGUGUUGAAGGUGUGAAGACACUUAUUGAAGAAGGAUUCAGCAACUCAAUAUCUCGAUUCAAUUUGGGACAGAAAUACAAGUUUCACACAGUUUAAUUUCCUUCACAACUUGGUCGUGAUGAUACCUGUCACAGUAACCAGUAACAGUAGUAACACCCUUAGUCUUUGUUUUGUCUAGCUUAUAUUGUAAUUUGUAAGCGUUAUUAGAUAACGAUCAAAAAUUUAUGGAUAUAUAUCGUUAUGAGUUUUUCUAUU